AUGGCCGUUCCACUGUUAAAAUGUGCUUGUCAUUUACUCAUUGGUCUUCCACCGCUCAUCCAAGGUGAGAGCAAUAUACUUGCAAUUGAAAAAGAUGUUCUCGCAAAGUGCAUCAAUUUGCCGUGUAAGGUUCCCUGGAGUAAAUACUUGGUGCUCAAAGCAAAAAGGGUUGACUUUGCAGAAGAGAGUUGGCAAUACGUCAAUGCCAGACAUUGUUUUGCUCCUGGAUCUCCAGGAGAUUGA